CCAGCUCGUUUGAUUAGCCCGCCAUUCGCCCGCCAUACAAAGUGAAGGUAAACAAAUGGUCCGGGCAAGUUCGUUGCAUUUUUGUACUAAGAGCGGGGCAGAGCGGACCAACUAUGCCACGUGGUGCCAUUCAACUACAAACGGAAUAGCAAAACGUGAAAGAAAGCUUAACAUUAAAAUUAACCUCUACCUGCUGUAAAAAUACUUUCUACCAGGAUGGAAUACAAUAAGAAUCUCGAUUUUAAAGGUGUUGGUUGAUGGUAUUGAGGCUUUGAUCGGAUACAUAUUGUAUUCGCUGACCUGUUUUUGGAUGUGGGCGAAAUUGGUUGAAGUCUUUGAUAGGAGAAAUUGGUUGAAUUACUGAUGGUAUAGAAGACAUUGGUUGGACUGUUUAUGGAUAUACGAGAUAUUGGUUGAAUUGAAUAUACAUGUACAUGUAGAUAGACGAUUGAUUGCUUCAACUGUUAUGGAUAUAGCAGAGAUUGGUUGAACGGUUUUAAAGAAAAGGCAAAAACUGGUUUAACCGUUUAUGGAUAUAUACGUGUAUACGAGAGAUUGGUUGGCCUGUUGAUGGAUAUACGAGAGAUUGGUUGAACUGGAUAUUCCAAGAGUUUGAAUGGAUCGAAGCAGUAUCUGGUUCCUUCUACAGCUUCUGGCUGCCACGACGGCUUAUGCUGUGAAGGAUGCCCUCCCCGACAAAUAUGUGACGACGUGGACGGCGUGGUCGCGCUGGACUGCCUGUGCGACAUGUGGACAGAGGGUAACUCGGCGUUACAGAGAAUGUGUGGGACAGUUGGAGGACCAUACGGUAUUCAGGGUGAAGACAGAAGAGUGUCCAGGGGUCAGUCGUGUUUAUAAACCCUGUGAUAAUAAGCCAUGCGUUCGUCAGCAGGCAGGGUCUCGUAAAUAUCAAUGUUCGAUCAAAGCCACCCAGAGGUCCGUGCCAGAGCAUUUCAUUGGAAAGCCAUGGAAUCCGUAUAUUGUAGAUUCUUAUCCAUGUAAACUAUUCUGCCAACCAGACGGGUUCAACAAUUUCUGGAGUUUUGGCAACGUCUCAGAUGGCACGACGUGUCGAACUCUGAAGACCAAGGAAGGAGUUUGUACCAAAGGAAAAUGUUUGGAGGUUGGCUGUGACGGAGUGGCGUUAUCUGAGGCUAGGUUAGACAUGUGCCUGGUCUGUGGAGGGAGGAACAGAAGCUGUACAUACAUAAAUGAUGAAUUCAGAGUACUCAAACAACCAGGAAAGCUUGGAUACUCCGAUGUCGUCAAGCUACCGACAGGUGCAACAAACAUUCAUUUCAUGGACAGUAAAAAUGUCCUGGCAACACAACUGUAUGUACAGGAAAACAUAUUUGCCCUGCAGGACAGCGGGAAAUUUUACCUCCUGAAUUCUUUUCGGUGGUAUGGCUUCAACGGACCACUGAAACUAGCGGGCGCCGAUGUCAAGUUUUACUUUUCUAGGGAUGGUGAGAAAUCCGUCCAUAUAGUGGGGCCUCUCAAAGAACCUUUAUUAGUUAUGGUUCUUCAGACAAAUCCCUACGUUCACAUUAAAUACGGGUACUGGUUGAGCGAUGAGGCAGCAAAACUGGGCUCUUCAGCCCGUCCGAAGGUGACCACCACACCCGAACCCAAGGCAGCAGUAUAUCAGUUCAAGGCGGUUGGAGACCAGUCAGUUGCUCCAGUUGCGCCGAAGAAGGAGGAAAAUUCGGCGGCUGUUGAAAAUGAAGUGACUUUAAGAAAGAAAGAGAGGAGGAGAAAGUAUAGGAGGAGAAAAGCUUCUCGAGGCAAAAAGUGUUUGACGAAGCCCAAGGGUGCUGAUGGGAAAACCCUGAAAUUCAAAUCAAAGUUAGCCAAACUCCAUUAUAUCUACUGUCAUAGUGAAUUCGUUGGUACGGUAACGGUACUGAGUAAACGCCGAUACCGCGGCGAAACACGUUACGAGGUCGACCUCAAAAGCACUGUCAAGAACACCAUGUCUAUGGCGAAGCGGGAGUACCUCUGGAGGGAUAGAGACUGUCAAGGUAUCAAGCUCAGGCCCAACAAGGUCUAUUUCGUCAUGGUCAGGACACGGACUGAUAUGAGGAAACGACUUACUCGUUUCAUGAUAGAUGAAGGCAGCUUCGUACGGAAGCUCACCUCAAAAUCUGAUAGGAUGUUACGGGCGGUUGUCGCAGGUGUACAGUGUAAUACGUGAUAUAUUUGUGUAUAUUUAUGGUUUGAAAUUGACUGUGCCUUUCUUAUUAGGACAAGUGUAUAUUGAACUCGACAAGGUUGGUGUCAGCUUCGGGGGUACGGGUAUUAGACACUAAUCUGGUCACAUUUCCUACUGUAGGCUACGCGGGAGGAAGGUCUGUUACAAUUUGCUACCUCAGUUUUCUCCAUCACGCUUUAAAUUGGUUACAUGAGCGUACCAACUCGAGAGUACACGUGUACAUGUAUAAUAGCGGCUGAACUAGCCGAAGAGACAACGUCUUCUGCCAGCUAUCGUACUGGUGAAUCUACAGCUUGUAUUUGAGUUGCGACAUAGAGAGAAUGGAUGCUAUAACGUAGAUGUAGAAAUGAAUGCAAGUUAUUUCAAAAAUCAAACAGUGAACUUCAUGUUCCAUGGCUUUUAUAUACAUGUAGAUGAAUGAAAACAUAUUACCAAGGACAGACAUGUUUUCGUCUGAUCCUCGUGAGAUCGUCACCCAUGCAGUUAGAUGGCCCGAUAUGAUUUUCUCUGGCCUGAAAGCACUUGACAUGUGGUCUCGAAUUUUCAGGCUGGAGAAAUCAUCUCAAGCGAUCUGGUGACUCCCCGAUCGGAUCAGCCGCUCAGUAUGCAGUUUUCUUAAAUGUAUUACAUAUGAUUCCUGCUAUAUGCACUUGCACUGGUUCCACCACCUGAAGUUGUAACUGCAAAAGCACGAAAUAAAAAAUUACAGUAAACAUCAA